AAUCCCUUCUUUGCCCUGCUUUCAGUUAGAGGAGGAGUUAAUUGCCAGGCUACUCUGCUACUGUUAAGUUUUGAUUCUUUCUCUCUGCUCCUCACCAGGGCUUGGAGGUACAGGUCAAUUCACCACCAACUUCUGCCUCAUUCAUUGCUAUCUGUCAGGUCUUGGCUGUGACCCACUGCUGCAGUCAUGGCACCAAAGAAGAACAAGACCACCAAAAAGAUCAAGGGAGACAUCAGUGAGAUGAUAGUGGAGGAUGGUCCAAUUAACAAAAUGAAUGGCCUCAAUACUCUUUUAGAGGGAGGGAAUGGCUUCAGCUGCAUCUCAACUGAGGUGAAUGAUCCUGCAUACUGCCCAAACCUCCUGGAGGGUCUGAACACCAUGAGACAAGACAGCUUCCUGUGUGACUUAACCGUGGCCACCAAGACAAAAACCUUCAGUGUGCACAAGGUUGUGAUGGCUUCCUGCAGUGAAUACAUUCAGAAUGUGCUGAAGAAGGAUUCCUCCAUCCAGCAUUUGGACCUCAACGAUUUGUCUCCUGUGGGCCUCGCCACCGCCAUCACGUACGCAUACUCGGGCAAGCUGACCCUGUCCCUCUACACCAUUGGAAGCACCAUCGCGGCGGCAAUUUUCCUUCAGAUUCAGAGUCUGGUGAGGAUGUGCAGCGACUUCCUGAUGCAGGAGAUUACCGUGGAGAACUGCAUGUACGUGGCCAACAUCGCAGACACCUACGGGCUCAAGACCACCAAGCAGGCCGCGCAGAAGUUCAUGAGGGAGAACUUCAUUGAGUUCUCAGAGAUGGAGCAGUUCCUGAAGCUCACCUACGAGCAGAUCAGCGACUUCCUCAUGGACGACUCCCUGCAGCUGCCCUCUGAGAUCACCGCCUUCCAGAUCGCUAUCAAGUGGCUGGACUUUGAUGAGAAGAGGCUGAAGUACGCCGCUGACCUGCUAAACAACAUCCGCUUCGGCACCAUCUCCGCCCAGGACCUCGUGAACCACGUGCAGAGCGUGCCUCGAAUGAUGAACGACAACGAGUGCCACCGGCUCCUCGUGGACGCCAUGAAUUACCACCUGCUGCCGUAUCAGCAGAACAUCCUGCAGUCCAGGAGGACGAAGCUCCGUGGCGGCCUCCGUGUCUUACUGACGGUGGGGGGGCGUCCCGCUCUGACAGAGAAGUCCCUCAGCAAAGACGUCCUCUACAGAGACCCCGACGGCAUCUGGAACAAGCUGACCGAGAUGCCUGCUAAGAGCUUUAACCAGUGUGUGGCUGUCCUGGAUGGCUUCCUCUAUGUCGCUGGUGGUGAAGACCAGAACGAUGCCAGAAACCAGGCUAAGCACGCCGUUAGCAAUUUCUGCAGAUAUGAUCCCAGAUUCAACAGCUGGAUCCAUUUGACCAACAUGAUCCAGAAGCGUACCCACUUCAGCCUCAACUCAUUCAACGGCCUGCUGUUCGCUGUCGGGGGCCGCAACUCCGAGGGGCCCCAGUCCUCGGUUGAGUGCUACGUGCCGUCCUCCAACCAGUGGCAGAUGAAAGCCUCCAUGGAAGUGGCCAGGUGCUGCCACGCCAGCACGGUAAUCGACGGUAAAAUCCUUGUCACAGGAGGCUACAUCAACAACGCCUACUCGCGCUCUGUGUGCGCGUACGAUCCCUCCACCGACAGCUGGCAGGACAAGAACAGCCUCAGCACCCCAAGGGGCUGGCACUGCGCCAUCAGCGCCGCCGACCGUGCCUACGUCCUCGGCGGCAGCCAGCUUGGCGGCCGCGGGGAGAGGGUGGAUGUCUUGGCGGUUGAAUGCUACAACCCUCACAAUGGGCAGUGGAGCUACACCGCCCCCUUGCUCACGGGGGUGAGCACGGCCGGCAUCGGCACCCUCGACAGCAAGAUCUACCUCCUCGGAGGCUGGAAUGAGAUCGAGAAGAAGUACAAGAAAUGUGUCCAGAUUUACAAUCCCGAUCUCAACGAAUGGACCGAGGAAGAGGAGCUGCCGGAGGCCACGGUCGGCAUCUCGUGCUGUGUGGUUACCAUACCGACCCGCAAAACUCGGGAGUCCAGGGCCAGCUCAGUAUCAUCUGCACCAGUCAGUAUAUAAACAUCACAUAAGCAGGACAAUGUAGUUUACUGCCAGCCAAUACAGAGCCAGACAGGAAAGGAAACCCCUCCCUCCCGUAAACGUUUUUUUUUGUCACAGUUAUUGAAACUGUAAAUGUGAUAAAUAAUAUAUUCCUCUUUGACAAACUGUAUUUAGAAUAAUAAAUAAUUCAGGGAAAGAAUGUUUGCCUCCCAAAAGCAUUACUAUCCAUCAAAGGUUUUGAGAGAUAAAUGAUAAUACAAAAUUGUAUCUUAAAUCUCAUCUGAGAAAUUAAAUACCAGAUACUUAUAAACAAAAUAAAUACUUUAGCAUACUUCAUAGAUAAAACACAGGAUCUGUAAGGAUCUGUAUUUUCAACAAUGCGACCAUUUUAGAAAUUUAGCCAAAUUUGAAUGUUGUCCUUUUCUGAAUAUCCUAAAUGCUGUAUUCAGAGCAAGCCAUGGUGGGUAUAUCUGUGAUGAAAUAUUCAGAAUAUUCUGGAAAUAUUUUAUUUAAAGGGAACACUGACAACUAGAGACAUUUGUACAGAAGUUUUUUGUUACAUAGUGUAGUGAGUGUGCAUUGUACUUGUGGCACCUGGAAAAUAACAUUGUAUUUAAAACCUUUUUUAAAGGACAGAUUUGGCUAUAAUUCAUAUUUGAUUUUUAAAAAAGUAACCUUUUCCCUCUGGGGCCAAUAACAUUAGUAUAACAUGAUCUCUAUGACAUAACAGUCCUGCUUCUCAUUUCCGGAGUAAACAAUUAGAAAAUGAAAUUAGACAUUUGUAUGUGCAUGGGUUUAUAUAAAAACCCUGCCAUUUCCGAAAAGUAAAACCAAGUCUCUCGUUGGUGAAUGUCGAUAAAUUAGUAGUAAAUUAUUCAUAAUUAAGAAACGAAAAGGUAUUGUCAAUUUUAUAUCAGUGAGUGCUGGCUGCCAGGAGUAGGCAUACAGGGAGGGGGGCAUAUUUAUUUGUUUCAUUCAUACGUGCAGGUAUACUUCUGGCUGCUCAGAUACAGAGGGUGCGGGUGCCUGUCUGGGCAAAAGCAUGUCGUCAUUUGCUUUCUGAAGGAUCCAUGUUGAGUGAGCCUGAGUAUGUUGAGAAGGUUGACUGGGGACAAUAAAGGAACAGAGAGGAGUUUGAAAGCCUUUUGUAAAAAAAGAAAAAUAAUAGAUUUAAUUUAAACACUGGAAGCAUGUUUUACGCCUGGACUGCCUCUGGGAUGAAUGCUACUUUGCAUGUAGCGCUUCAGGAAUUCCCUGACAGUUCAUGUUUUAAAUGUUCUUGGGUUGAAAGUAAAUUAUGUGAAACCGUUUUUAUGCUGUAAUGCUGGUGUAGAGCAUGUGAAAGGUAACUAAGGUACCUUCCUAAAUGGUGUACAGUUUGUUGUUGGUUCCCUGUUGUUGACUCUGUGUUCCACCAUUUGUGAAUGUGUGUGACAUAAAUGCUUGAUUUCAUCCAAGUAUCUUAGUCUUUUCAAAGCUCUAUGUCUUCAUUAAAGUUUCCUAAGAAAAUCAGAA